AUGGCGGACCAUGAGAGCGAAGGAAAGUCCAAAGACCUGGGGAGAACCACAGCAAUCGAUAUCACAUCGAAUACCAAUAGCGAUGCAACCCAUGAGCUUCAUUUUGCCAGAAGAGGCGAAGCUCUGGCCGAGGCUUCAUCAAGCCAGGAGAGCAUAGACGGAUAUGACCCCGAAUUGAUGAAUGGAAGAACGCUGCUCACGGCAGCGGAAGAAAAGAAGCUACUACGGAAGAUUGACUGGAGAUUGAUGACUCUCUGCUCGCUGAUCUUCAUGUUCAAAAAUUUGGAUAGCAAUAAUGCAUCGAAUGCUCGGAUCAUGAACAAGGGCACCGAUCAGAACAUCAUGACACAACUUGGAAUUACUUCAAACGAAUAUAAUUUGGUGACCGUACUUUACUAUAUUCCGUAUAUUGUAUUGGAAGCGCCGUCCAAUUUGCUGCUGAAGAGGUUCUCUCCUUCAAAGUGGCAAUCAAGAAUCAUGCUAAGCUGGGGAAUUGCUCUUAUGUGCAAUGCAGCCGUCAAGAAUAAGGGCGGUCUUUACACAACACGAUUCCUUUUGGGUGUGGCUGAAGCUGGGCAAUUUCCCGGCGUCAUCCUUCAGAUGACUUAUUGGUAUCGUCCAGACGAGAUGUCUUUGCGACUGCUGUACUUUUACAUUUGCGGGAACGUAUCAGGCAUUUUUGGCGGUCUUCUUGCCUAUGCGUUUGACACCGUGUCUGGCGCAGCAGGUCUUUCCGGAUGGCAAUGGCUCUUUUUGACCGAAGGAAUUGCAACUGUGCUUUUCAGUGUUGUUAUCUGGUUUCUACUUCCAGAUUUCCCCGAGACAGCAAAAUGGUUGACGGAAAAAGAGAAGAGAUUCAUACAAGCUCGGCUUCCUUCCAACGCUCCUCGUGCCAACGAAAAGAACUUCAAGUUCCGUGAAAUCAUCGACGCACUGAAAGACAUCAGACUGUGGCUCUUUACACUGAUUUGGGCCACUUUCACCGUUGGAACAGAUGGAGUCACCUUCUAUCAAUCCACCGUCAUCGCCGACCUCGGCUACACGCCAUGGCGAGUCCAAACCACCUCUCGGGCUACAGGAUCGGCCUUUUCCAUCGGAUUUGUCAAUAGCUAUGGUCAGAUCGGAGGGGCUAUUGGACCGCAAAUGUUUAGGAGCGAGUAUGCUCCUCGGUACACGGUUCCAUUUGCUGCUGCUAUGGGCCUUGUUGGCAUGUGUGGCCUUUUGACCCUCAUUACCUGGUGGAUUACUCGAGAGACGGAGCGGGACACUAGGCGGUUGAAGCUUGCGAAGAUUGCCGCAGAGAAGAGAGGCGAAACAAUCUUGGAGGAUGUGGUUGAUCAAGACUUGAAGAAACAUUGA